UCCCAAAGAAGAAGAAUAUAUUUACUUGGUUCACUACAGUCAAGAUGAGUACGUUUAACAGCAUUUUGCUGAAAAUUUCAGGUGAACUUGUUGGUGAUCAAUUGGAGAAAAUUAAGUUCCUGUGUAAUAAAGAAAUAGGAAAAAAUCGUCUCGAGAAGAUGACCAGUGGCUUACAACUUUUCAUGGUCCUAAUGAAAAGAAAUACACUUGGACCUGACAACACAGUAUUUCUAGUUUCGCUUUUGACAGACAUUGGUCGCCUAGAUCUUGCGGACAAAUUUACCAUCUGUGAAAGCCAAUAUGCUGGAUUCCCGAAUUCUCUUCCCAACGAUGAGGAGCAAGCAAAACUUGACAUCGCAACAGAAAUGAUCACUAACAUUGGAAGGAAGUGGCGAACAUAUGGUCGUAAACUUGGUCUGCCAGAGGCCAAACUGGACCAUAUCGCGCAGAAGCACCCAAACAACCUGGAAGAGCAAGUGGUGGAGCUUUUGAAGGAGUGGCGGAAAAAGCAGAAAGCAGAGGCCAAAACAGACACUUUGAUUAAGGCCCUUCGCUCCUGUGAUCAGAACUGCACUGCUGAUCUGAUACAGACAGAACUUGAAAAACGUAAUGCCAAUGGUGGACAGUGAAAGUGUGACAAACAAUCUUCAUCUUUUCUUAGGCCUCUUAUGUUGUUUACUCAAUGGAUUAUUUAUUCAUUGCUUUCACAAUGAGUUUGGUGCUUUUAUACGAUUCAGUAAAUUCACCACAAUUUGUUGGCAAUAUUGGUAUGCCAGUAUACUCAUGGACCAGAAUAAUUUUAUAGAAAGUAGCCCAGUGCACUCUGGGUACAUACAUUCCUACUACAUAUUGUAAGGGAAUUUGGGAGAAACUUGAUUGGACUAUGGAUAUUAUAAAAUUGUAUAGAUAAUGUGCAUUUAAAUGUGAUAUUAAUGUAUCCACUGUUGAGAUUAGUAAACUGGUAAAAGAUUAGUAAGCUCCCUCAAGCUGGUAAAAAUACUUUUCUAAUUAUUUAAUGUUGAAGUAAACUCAAAAAUGGAUUUGUUUAUGAUUGUAGUCAUGCCAUUCCAAAUUCAACAAAACCCACAAAUGUUUAUGUUUGGGGUUACUGUGAACAUGUUCCAUAGUUGCUGUAAUACCUGUCCAAAGCAUUUACACGUAACCCAAACCGGCUGCAUGCGUGCGCUAUCGUGCAUACAUUUAUUUUGUCCCCUACACCAAACGCGAUCAUGACACGCAGGUUAAAAUAUCAAAACAAACUCUGAACCAAUGACAUUAAUUUGGGGACAGGUCGAAAAGCAUUAAACAUGUAUGGCAAUUUAGCUAGGUAGCUUGCACUUGCUAGCUAAUUUGUCCUAUUUAGCUAACUUGCUGUUGCUAGCUAAUUUGUCCUGGGAUAUAAACAUUGAGUUGUUAUUUUUCCUGAAAUGCACAAGGUCCUCUACUCCGACAAUUAAUCCACACAUAAAACAGCCAACCGAAUCGAUUCUAGUCAUCUCUCCUCCUUCCAGGCUUUUUCAUCUUUGAACUUUUAUGGUGAUUGGCAUCUAAACAUUCAUAGUAUUACCACGACGACCGGCAAAACAGUUCGCCUUUCAAUCACCCACGUGGGUAUAACCAAUGAGUAGAUGGCACGUGGGUACCUGCUUCUAUAAACCAAUGAGGAGAUGGGAGAGGCAGGACUUGCAGCGCAAUCUGCUUCAGAAAUAGAAAGGAGUUCUAUUUUAGCCCUUGGCAUCGCAGACGCUCGUUGCCGCCCGCGAGCAGUGUGGGUGCAAUAAUUGAAUAACAUGGAUUUCUAAAUGUAUUUUGCGACGCUCGUGCACGCAACGUGUCCGGUCUGGUCAGCAUAUUAGAAUACUUAUGAUGAGUAAAGCAUGUUGUAUGGACACAUAUUUGGAGAACUGUAUUGAAAUGGAAUUAUAGAUACAGAUGAAGCUUUUGAUUUCAA